ACAGAAGGAAAGGAAAGCUGGUAACAUUGAGUCAACUAAACAGUCAAAAGAAGACACAAAAUGUUUUUGGUAUUUCGUGACAGGGAAAAGUUUGCAUGCCAGCUAUGAAUAGACUUUUCAUGAGACCAUGAAAAGAUUGGAAGAGUCUUUGCAUGAUCUUGUACACACGAUGAUUCAGGAGUCCUCAAGAAAUCCUGGCCCAACUUCUGCAGCCCUUUGAGUAUCUCUAUACUGUAUUAGUUCUUACUACAUAUUCCAGAACCCUUCCAUUGGAAGAGUGGGUGUUGUGACAGCUAUUUCUACAAAUGCUUUAAUGGAGCAGUUGUGUUUAAAAUACCAACAAAGGCCAUGGACUGAAACGCUGAGACUUGUUUAUUUUUGCAUGGAUAACCCACUGCGAAGGCCUGUCAGCCAUGCUCCAGACAGUCCAUUGCUUUCUUGCAUGGAGAAGAUAGAGAGGACAUUACAUGCUAAAUCCAUGUUUUCUGUGAUGAAUGCAUUGGAAUCUUUAUCCAGACAAAAAGGACUUAAUGUUCAUGUUAGUCCCAGUGGGACUGCCUGCUACAUAACAUCAAUGAUGUUUUAUUUAGAAGUUCAGCUGGAGAAGGAUGGAAAUCUGAUGGACGUAAAGUUGGCUCACUUUGGAGAAGCUCCUGUGGUUUGUGAUGACUUGGUGCAGCUUCUAAGGAUGAAGAACUAUGAUGCCUUUGGAAAGAUUUUAGAAGACCUGUCAAAUAUGUAUCAAAUUCCAGGAAACAGUGAAAUGAAAGCUAAGGGAUAUCUUGCUUUGCAGGCCCUUGAAAAAGACCUUUAUUCAAUGUCUCUUCUGGACAGAACACAGGAUGUAAACAGAGUUACUGAAAUACUUCAUGGAAAAGUAGGACACCUGGUGCCAAGAAACGGAGGAACUCCUAUGAACAUUGAAUUUUACAUUUCUCCCUAUCAAAUUUUGGAAGCAGAACUAAAUCCUGGUUCCCAGGUUUGUGGAACAAAAACAGUUGUAACUAUUGAAGGCACUGAUAUGCUCCACAAACUUCCUCUUUCUCCACUAAUUGUAGAUCCUCAAUCUGGAGAGGACAGCAACCCUGCUUUUUUGCAACUGACUGAUGAACUCAGCAUGGAUUUGCCAGCUCUUUUUGUGCUGAAGUUUCAUCAGCCUGUUCCUAUGUCCUCAUCCAGUAUUGAAGAUAUACACAGGCUCACAGGAAUUCAGAUUUCUGGCUUGAAACUAGCUCCGCUGUAUGAGCUAAUUGUUUGGUCUGCUCUGAAAGACAAAUGCAGUGAAGAGUUGUCUACAAAUGAAUCUUGUUUCUUUGUGUCUCUUCCAGAUUGCCCAAAGCACUGUUACUUCAUAAACAAAGGCUCAGAAAAAUCAGAUUUAGCAGGAGCCUUGGUCAGUAAAAUCCCAUUUAGCCAUCCAAAGUGUGUGCCUGGUGUAAUAGAGAUUCUUCGACAUCAAGUGGCAUAUAACACUCUUAUUAGCAGCUGUGUCUCUGACAAGCAUAUAAAUGAAGAUGAUUCAGAACUGCUUUACUUUGAAGUGGUACCACACAGGAACACCAGCUUUUGUGUCUUUUUCCUUCAUCCUGUGAAAGAGAAUUUAGCCUGUGUGAUGAUUGAUGUUAUAACCUCCAGAGAAGUCCACUGUCACCUUCAGUUAAAUCCUCAAGAUCCAGCUCUAAGUUGUAGUGAUGAUUUCAUAGCAAGAGCUGUGAAGAGCUGCAUGUCAGUCCCAGUUGUCAUGAGAGCUAUUUUCAGGAAUGCUGCCAAGGUGAAAGCUGAUAGCAAAACACAAGAUAUGGAUGUAGACACAAAACAACCACAUGAACCGCCAUCUGAGCAAAUUACAGAUUCUGAUAGUCUCAAAGAAAGCCCUUCUGUGGCUGGUCAGCAUGAUUUGGUAGUGACAAAUAAGCCAAGUAUUACAGACAGCACAGAAGAAAAUCUCUCCACAGCCAAACUGGAAACUCUGGGUGAUAACAUGGAAAAAAGUAACCUCUCAUCGAGAACAGAAACUUUGUGCAGAGUGGAGGAAAAUUAAUUCCAUAGCUAGUGUAGAAGCUGUUAUGAUAGACAAAUAAAAUCUAUUGUUUGAUAAGCAAAAAGAAAAGUCUACUUAGUAAUUUGUGAAAGGUGUUUCCUCUUUGCAAACUACUAAAUAUGUAGAAGUAAUACCCUUGAAUUUGCAUUUUUAAACAUUCAAAUUUGGAAAGUCUAACACUACUCCAGUAACCUUUAUUCUUCCACAAUAUGGAAGAAAUCUCUGUUUAACAUACAUGAUACAGUCUAUAACACGCACAUACACUUGUAGAAAAGUAAUGUUUAUCCAUGUCAGCAUUAUGCUAAAUAAAUGGAGAAAAAGUUACUUGAA